AUGCCACCUACAACUUCUCCAACGGAAACACCUGGAGUUCCCUCUUCUGCCGUUGCGAAUCGAUACUUUAUCAACGACUUCCAAAUGUUAUCAGAUCCAGUCCCCAAUCUGGCCGCUACACUCACCCACCUUCCACCAACAGAGGCCGAAGAUGCCAAUCAUGAAAACGUGAAUUUCCUGCGGACACGCCCUCAUUCCCCAUCCGAGUCAUCAAGUCGCGCUAGGCGCAGGCGGCUGGCGCUGUUGCCGGAGGUAGAUCUGGAGAGCAUGGACAUUGACGAACAAAGACGCUUUUUACCAUUAUCUACCGAGGCGCCUCCACGUUUACCCUCCAGCCGUCGCUCACACGAAGUAUACAACACAAAUCUGGGUUCUGAUGGACGAAUCUCAGGUAGAAGGUCAUUAUAUGGAUGGGCGCCAGGUUCUGAAGGGGAACAGGGAAAUGACUAUUUGGGAUACCAGCACACAUCGCAGAAUGAAACUUCAGAUAGUAUUUGGACUGUGGGGAGAGGCCAGGAUCGGGAGGCCAGUCGCAAUACGCCUCUUUCUCGAAGCUCAAGACGAGAUGUGACCGGAUCGGCGUUGCCAUCGCAUACGGUAGACUCUACGGAGACAACAGACCCAAGCAGCCGACACUGGUCGGACCACAAUAGCAACACAUUCACUGAGGCAUUAUUGCAGUCCGUGCGACGUGGUGCGAGAUAUGCUUCCCGAACUCGCGCCCUUCAAAAUUACCUUUUGGACCGAGAGCGGCUUACCCGUCAAGAAGCAAACGAGAGGGAGCGAGAAGAUCGUGAGCGGGAGCAGGAACGGGAUCGGGAUCGGGAAAGAAGAGGGGCAACAUCUUCAUCCUCAUCGCGCACUCUGAGAAUGAGCCUGAGGAACAUAUCCGGGGAUCUCCGAGAUAGGUUGAAUUCGCAUCGAUAUUUGUUAAGCGAAAACCCGCCUAGCGCGAAGCUGAGGGAAACGAUCAAGUACCUAGAGCGCGUUCGCACCUCCAGCUCAUUAUCGGAGAGCAUUGAGACUGCCCUUAAAGGUGGAGUUGUGCAAUACGACUAUCUCAAGGGAGCAUACAACGAUAGCGAUUUCAUACUCGAUACAUCCUUUAUAAAACCACCAGCACCGAGCUCGUGGCUACGGCCGGGAGCUGUCUUUGCUGGGUCGCAAAAAGCCGUCAACAGCAUUGCAGGUCACAAUUUUAACAUGCUGUCCCAUCGAGUAUCACAACCUACAGAGUCCUCCGUAGACGAUAGCACAACCCGCAUCAGUGUUUCGACGAGUAGCGGUCGAAGAUAUUGGGCAAACGACGUCUCCCUCUCCCCUUUCGCUAGCCAUCACCACCAGUCUCAGAGCAGCAAACACGAACUCUGGCCAGUAAAAGUCACCAUCCACAGCGUUGAUUAUUCAACAAUGACCUUGUCGGGCACAAUGGAAGCCUACAAUAUACCAGACAAGACCUCCCCAACCCGAGACGCACAUAUAAUCACAUUUUUGGAAGGCGAAAUCGUUGAUUUGAAUGCACAUAGUCUAGAGACAACGAGUUUCCAGGCCGAUGCGGAUAUUGAUUGUACAUAUUGGCGGGAAUUGCGACCGUUCAGAGGACUGAGCGAUGACCAGAUGACGAAGAACCUGUUGAGUAAGACGUGGGUAACCGAUGAACUGAACAAGAACUGGAUUUUGAUGCGAUGGAAAGAACGCUGCUUCAUCACACCCACCGAUGCUCGUCAGGGUCUCACGAUCUCUGGAUUCUACUACAUCUCCUUACGUCGCGGAACAGGCGAAAUAGAAGGCUUAUACUACGACCCCGGUAGUUCACCAUACCAACAAUUGUCUCUGAAACCAGAGAGACCAACUGUAUCAUUUCCAGCGGUGGAUUUUCGAUGA